AGUGCAGCGGCGGCGGCGGCGGGGCUCUGCCUCUCCAGGAGCCCAGGCGCAGGCCGCAGAGCCGGGGCCGCUGUGAGCCGAGACCGCGGGCCGCGGAGCCCGGGCGGCCGGCGCGGAGAAUUUGUUCCUGUUGAAGAGUGGCUCCUCUUCUAAUUUCCAGACUCCUUGAGGUUUUAGGAGUCUGGUAGGUGAAAUUCUCUACCUCUAAGGAGAAACAGUACCUGCUCCUUCCUCAAGAGCAAGCCCUCCAUUGCUAUGGAUACCGAAUCCACUUAUUCUGGGUAUUCUUACUAUUCAAGUCAUUCGAAAAAAUCUCACAGACAAGGGGAGAGAACUAGAGAGAGACACAAGUCACCCCGGAAUAAAGACGGCAGAGGGUCAGAAAAGUCUGUCACCAUUCAGCCUCCCACUGGAGAGCCCCUGUUAGGAAAUGAUUCUACUCGGACAGAGGAAGUUCAGGAUGACAACUGGGGAGAGACCACCACGGCCAUCACAGGCACCUCGGAGCACAGCAUAUCCCAAGAGGACAUUGCCAGGAUCAGCAAGGACAUGGAGGACAGCGUGGGGUUGGAUUGCAAACGCUACCUGGGCCUCACUGUUGCCUCCUUUCUUGGACUUCUAGUUUUCCUCACCCCUAUUGCUUUCAUCCUUUUACCUCCGAUCCUGUGGAGGGAUGAGCUGGAGCCUUGUGGCACAAUUUGUGAGGGGCUCUUUAUCUCCGUGGCAUUCAAACUCCUCAUUCUGCUCAUAGGGACCUGGGCACUUUUUUUCCGCAAGCGGAGAGCUGACAUGCCACGGGUGUUUGUGUUUCGUGCCCUUUUGUUGGUCCUCAUCUUUCUCUUUGUGGUUUCCUAUUGGCUUUUUUAUGGGGUCCGCAUUUUGGACUCUCGGGACCGGAAUUACCAGGGCAUUGUGCAAUAUGCAGUCUCCCUCGUGGAUGCCCUCCUCUUCAUCCAUUACCUGGCCAUCGUCCUGCUGGAGAUCAGGCAGCUGCAGCCCAUGUUCACACUGCAGGUGGUCCGCUCCACCGAUGGCGAGUCCCGCUUCUACAGCCUGGGACACCUGAGUAUCCAGCGAGCAGCAUUGGUGGUCCUAGAAAAUUACUACAAAGAUUUCACCAUCUAUAACCCAAACCUCCUAACAGCCUCCAAAUUCCGAGCAGCCAAGCACAUGGCCGGGCUGAAAGUCUACAAUGUAGAUGGCCCCAGUAACAAUGCCACUGGCCAGUCCCGGGCCAUGAUUGCUGCAGCUGCUCGGCGCAGGGACUCAAGCCACAACGAGUUGUAUUAUGAAGAGGCCGAACAUGAACGGCGAGUAAAGAAGCGGAAAGCAAGGCUGGUGGUUGCAGUGGAAGAGGCCUUCAUCCACAUUCAGCGUCUCCAGGCUGAGGAGCAGCAGAAAGCCCCAGGGGAGGUGAUGGACCCUAGGGAGGCCGCCCAGGCCAUUUUCCCCUCCAUGGCCAGGGCUCUCCAGAAGUACUUGCGCACCACCCGGCAGCAGAACUACCACAGCAUGGAGAGCAUCCUGCAGCACCUGGCCUUCUGCAUCACCAACGGCAUGACCCCCAAGGCCUUCCUAGAACGGUACCUCAGCACGGGCCCCACCCUGCAAUAUGACAAGGACCGCUGGCUCUCUACACAGUGGAGGCUUGUCAGUGACGAGGCUGUGACUAAUGGAUUACGGGAUGGAAUUGUGUUCAUCCUUAAGUGCUUGGACUUCAGCCUCGUAGUCAAUGUGAAGAAAAUUCCAUUCAUCAUACUCUCUGAAGAGUUCAUAGACCCCAAAUCUCACAAAUUUGUCCUUCGCUUACAGUCUGAGACAUCAGUUUAAAAGUUCUAUAUUUGUGGCUUUAUUAAAAAAAAAGAAAAAUAUAUAGAGAGAUAUAUAUCUAUGCCAGAGGGGUAUCUUUUUAAAAAAUUCUUCUUCAUUGCUGACUGAAACUGGCAGAUGAUUGACCAGUAUCCUUUGACCAUCUGCACUUUAUUUGGAAGGAAGCAGGGGCUGUCCACCCUGAAAAAGAGUGACUGAUGACAUCUGAUUUUUGUCGAUGGGACUUCUCAAGAAGCCGUUCCCUGGAGCUUCUGUUACAGCUGAAAACCAAAGUGGAGCUGGUGCUUCUUGGGAGCCUCGCCUUACAACUAGUUCCUGCCUUUCGUCCAGUACCAAGUCCCCCGUUGCUUCUGGUCAGCCUACUUGUAGACUUCCAGGGGACACAUCUUUAUUCUGUUUCAGGAAACCAGUCACGACACGUCCACAUAUGUAUUUGUGUAUGUUAAUGUCCAGUAUCACAUCACCCACGAAAGUCGUGGGCGGUUCAGGAGAUACCUGCCUUCGUCUUUGUUCUUUGUUGCCUUAGGUUCUUCAGAGAAAGAUCACAACAAAAAAUGUGCACUGUCGUUUACAGCUAUUAAGUGAUUUGAUUUUGUUUUUUUCCCAAAGAGAAAACCUACCUGCCCUGUUUCUGAUCCCACCCCUCUGCUGGCUUGAAGCAGGUAGCCCUUUCCCAGCCCUGCAGCUGCCCACCUGGCCUCCAUGCCAUCCUGUCCCACCUGGCUGGCAGCCCUGGCUCUCCAUGUAUGCCCUCCAGCUCUUUGUGAAGCCUCAAGUCAGUCCCAGCAUAGGGAAGUGUGGGGUGCCCAGCAGGUAAAGCACAGGGAGAGAGGGCAGCAGGAAUGCCCCCUUUAGGCUGUAGCAGGAGCCCCACACUGCCCAGUUUUCCUCCCCACUGUUCUACACCAACCAGGGGAGACUAACACUGUGACUCUGGGAUUGGCAGGUGCAACUUGGAGCCACUUAAUUUCCUGGGGAUGUAAGUUCUUCCCAAGCUUAUAGCAAGCUGCCCUGCCAAGGGACACCAAACCAUGCCAACCACGCUGGCAACUGCUGCUGUCCAGUCCCUGUGUUUUCUGACCACUGUCACUGUGCAACUCAUCGCCUCUGCCACUUAGGACCAGGAAACAGGCUGGUUUUGCUCCCACUCUUAGUUGCUGAUAAAGUGGGGUGAAGGAAAAUGGACACUCUGCAGAGUUUGGGGAAGGGAGAGUAGGGAGUCCAUCUUCUUGUCCAGAAAGAUUCAUCCGCAGUCUGUCUGUGAAACACAGCUGAUUUCAGUGGGCUUUCCCCUGGCCCUGGGGGAGCAGACACUGACUGGGUUGUGGGCAGAGGAGCCAUCCUGGUGGAGCCCUGCUGCAGGGAGCUCCUUCCGGAGCCCUAUCCAGACCUCUUGCACUGGGCUGCCUUUGCCUCCAUUUGCCUUCCUGUAUCUGCAACAAAUCUUUUAAAAGUGUUCACUCUUGCUUUUUCCAGUAUUUCGGGUAAUCAGCCACCUUGCUGUAGUACAGGAUGACAUUGUCGAAUGCUCUUUGUAUGUGUGCACAGCCCCUUACUCCCUUACUGCUUCAUGCAAUCCACAAGUGAUACAGUGUUUUGUGUCAUUGUAAAAAUCAAAAUUCGCUUUCGGUCUUUGUAAUACACCGUACCUGAAAAAGUAAACAACAUUCUUCAAUUACCAGGCUUCAGCUUGAAAAGACAUGCUGGAGAAGAAGGAAGGGGGAACCCAUAGGUGUGGCGUGGAGCCAAGAUGUGCUAUUCAACUAUGUGGUUCUGUUUAUAAAAAGCACAUACCAUGGAACCAUGGCGCUUUUGUUCUUAGUUUUUGCUGUUAGAUCCCUUCAAACUGGAAGUUCCUUACAAUAUCUUUCUCAGGAAAUAUUUUGGGAGAUGGGGUAAGAGAUGGCAAGUGUGAGAUGGGCUGUGUCAGAGGUUGCUACGUCAUGGAUACAGUGCAGUUCCAAGUGCCAUAAGUGUAUAUACAUAUAGUUAAUAAUGACACUGUUCAUCACCAUUUUAAAAUACUGUUCUUCCAACCCUAUCUUAAAUGACCAGUCCAGAAGGGGUUAAGCUGGAUUCAUUUGCUCUGGCAUGUGCAUUCCCAGCAGGGUGAAGAAAGGUUUAAAUUAAAGAAUUUAUUUUCUCUCUCCCCCUUCCUCUUUCUCCAAGUCUUUGCAUAGGAGAAUGUCAGACAUUCAGAAAUAACUGUUUCUGUUUUAAAUCGAGUAUUGGUUUUUUUAUAUUGACUUUGUAUUGAGUUCUUUUUGAAAGAAUAACAAAAUAAAAUGCAGGAUCUUUGUAAA